GCCUCACCUCCAUAGCAUUCAGAGCACUUCAGUUCAAGGUGGUUGAGUACCAUGGACGCCGAAACAGCUCGAAAGACUUGGGAGAUUGAGAACAAUAUCAAAGCGGAGAGCCAGGAUGCUCUGUACCGCUAUGACGCGGACGAGCAGAAGCGGCAACUCGCGGAGAAGCCGUGGAAGAAAGAUCCACAUUGGUUCCAGAAGACAAAGAUAUCGGCAUUGGCUCUUAUCAAGAUGGCUAUCCACGCCCGCUCAGGCGGCGCGAUCGAAGUCAUGGGCCUCAUGCUCGGCCGUAUCGACGUGCGUACAAUCAUCAUCACUGACUCCUUCGCACUACCCGUCGAAGGUACAGAAACUCGCGUCAACGCACAAGCCGAGGCCUAUGAAUACAUGGUUCAGUACCUCGACUCGCUCAAAGCCAGCGGGCGAGGAGAGAACAUCGUAGGAUGGUACCACUCUCACCCAGGAUAUGGAUGCUGGCUGUCUGGUAUCGAUGUCGGGACGCAGAUGCAGAAUCAGAUGUAUCAAGAUCCGUGGUUGGCGGUGGUGAUUGACCCGAACAGGACCAUCUCCGCAGGUAAAGUCGAAAUCGGUGCUUUCCGUACGUACCCGGAAAACUACACCCCACCCAACGCCCAGAAAUCCGAAUACCAGACAAUCCCACUCAGCAAAAUCCAGGAUUUCGGAGUCCAUGCCAACUCGUACUACCCACUCGCAAUCGAGCACUUCAAGAGUAGUAUGGACUCACAUCUAUUCUCCUUGUUGUGGAAUAAAUACUGGGUUUCCACGCUCUCGCAAUCACCACUCCUCCUCAACCGCGCGUACGCAACAGAACAGCUGAACGACUUGGCAUCGAAAAUCGAUAACGCACAAAAAGCACUUCUCCGCAACCCUUUCGGCGCAGCCGCGCCUUCGGCCAGAAAGAAGGACAAGGAGGAAGGAAAUGAGAAGACCGAGACGGAGUUACAUAAGGUUAUCAGGGAUUCGAACAAGAUUACGGGAGAGGAGAUGCAAGGCUUGAUGAGUGAGAUUUUCAAGGAUAAGCUGUUCAACUGCAUCAAGGCUCACGGGCGGGAGGCUCAAGCAUGAAGUGCACUUGAACGGGGGUUUGGGAAGAGGUACAAUACAAUUGCUUGUGAUAGGCGCAUCUCAUAUGGAUAAUAUACCCAGAGUUUCAAUUAAAGCAAGACGU